AACUAUCUUACAGUUAAGUUUUUUUUUACAUUUAUUGACGGAAAACAUGUAUCCAGAAAUGUGUAAGACAGGGAAGUUGAGAGAAUGCAUAUGAUAGGGCGAGUUCCAUAACGUCAACUUAAUAACCGCUUCAUACCAAUGCAACCCUGCAUUCUAUAAAUUUGCAUUGCAACAAUACUUUGCAAACUCUGACAUUUUGAAAUCUUUUCGUGCAAAAAAGUUGCUUUUCGGUGUAUUGACAAUAAUAUUAUAUGAAACAGAUCAAGAAUAUAAGUAAUAUAAUGUUCAAAAUAAGUAGCGCAAAGGACUUGCUCUCCGACGUCGGCAGUUAUUGUUAAAAAUUUAUGAUAAAAUAAAGCAUCACAAACCUUAGCGAUGCGCACUUUGUUUUUGUUUGCGCACAUUUCCAAAUUCGCCGAAUUCAGAUACAGUUGUCAUCCCGACGGGUGGAAAUACUCCAUCCUUGAAAGUUCUGGAAGUAGAUGAAAAGGAAGGAUCACUAGCUGUUUCGAAUUGCCGUCAAACUGCGAAAGGAAGAAACGACGUAAACGAAAUUCAGUUUCCAGAUUUUAACCUUCAUUAGCAUGACGAAGAAUUCGAAGGAAUCCCAAACCGCCUGUGAUGCAAUGAAUGUGAGAAGAAAUGUCGAAACUGUCAUAUGAACGUAACAUAGAAAUUCAAAAUUCAAGUGGUUCUUAAUUAAAGUUAUGUUCGUUUAUGUAUUGGCUAAUCUCUUGAACACGAUGUCAAUAACACAGAAUAGGCUAUUUACCAAAGGAUAUUGCGAAACACUGAAGAUAUAUUUACAUUUCCACGACUUACUACACUUUGGAGAGUGUACCAACUAGUGUAUAGAAAAAACUAACACGUUUAACAUAUCCUCAUCAAAUGUCACUAUUUUGCAAUAUAUCCAAAUAUGAAACGACAAUUACAUCCAGUAUCAGUAACAACAUAGAAGUACGGAAAUGCAUUAGCGUACAGAAGCCUGUACAAGUAUGUGCGGUCUGUGGAGACAUAGCGGUCUGCCUGCACUACGGUGUGAGGACUUGUGAGGGUUGUAAAGGAUUUUUUAAAAGGACUGUUCAAAAAAAUUCCAAGUACGUUUGUCUAGCUAAUCAAUCAUGCCCUGUGGAUAGGCGUCGCCGCAAUAGAUGCCAGUUUUGUCGUUUUCAAAAGUGUUUGAUCGUCGGUAUGGAGAAAGAAGUAGUUCGAACCGACUUACUCAAAGGGCGUCGCGGAAGGUUACCAUCAAAGCAAAAAAACAAAGACGGAUUUGGUUUAUAUUAUAAAAUAUCAUUAAUAUCGGCAUUAGUUAAUGGUCAUAAGGAAACAACGCCAGAUAUAUCAGGUUUGGACCACACAGCAUAUUCAGAACAUCAAAGUAGCUACUCGCCGCUUAUUGUUAGUGAGUCUGAAAAUGUCCGUCAAUUUUAUCAAAUACUUAAAAACUCAAUUAAAAGUAUUGAGGACUUCACCUACAGAAUACCAGGUUUCCGUGAAUUAAAUGCAGAGGAUCGCGAGUUGCUCUUCCAAUCUGCUUCUCUAGAAAUGUUUGUUCUGAGAUUAUCAUAUCGUACUCGUCCUAAUGAUUACAAAUUAACGUUUUGUAAUGGUAUGGUUAUGCACAAAAAACAAUGCGAAGGAGUUUUUGGCGACUGGCUAGAUCACAUUUUGGAAUUUAGUAAUCGCCUACAUACUUUAGAAAUUGAUAUAUCAUCUUUCGCCUGUAUUUGCGCACUUACGGUUAUAACAGAACGUCAUGGUCUUCAAGAACCUAAAAGAGUUGAAGAUAUUCAACUUAAAAUAAUAGAAAGCCUAAGGGACUAUGUAAUUUUUAAUGCAAAGCGCCCUAGAGGAUCAUAUCAUUUCAGUCGGCUACUCGGAAUAUUACCAGAAUUAAGGUCUCUCAGCAUUCAAGGAUUGCAGAGAAUUUUCUAUUUGAAGAUCGAAGACUUAGUUCCAAUACCGUCCGCAAUCGACAAAAUGUUUGUAGCUAGUUUGCCUUUUUAAUGUAAAUGUAUUAUAUUGUACUGUACCUGCAACUGUGCCAGAAUAGUAUCUAAAUGAAUAAGUAAAGUAAAGCUGUGACCAUUUUCAAA